AUGCACAACACUGGGUCGGGUCACACCCCUGCCCCGCCCCCAAGACCGCACUUGGGUCGGUCACCACGAUUCCCGCCCGCAAGUCUUACCAACCAGCACAACAUUCCACCAUUCCAGCACGUCCUAAGGUUCACGCCGUCCCGUCCGAACGUUCACGCAAACUCGACUUUCGACCACGCAAAGGCCAUGGAUCCCCGCGACGAGUUCACCUACGAGGAAGGUACCUAUUACUGCAAGGUAUGCAGUUUGGCGAGGGGGACAAAGGACUGGCGCCGCCAUAUCCGCACCAAUGUACAUAAACAGAAUGUUGAGCAACACCAAGCUAUGAGCAGGGCAAGAUCACCCAUCCCCAUCGCCGCCGCGCCGGCACCGCGCGCGCAGGAAGAUACCUAUGCACACCCGGAUCAUCUUGGUGCACUGGAGUGCACUGAUCUCAUCGAGCAAACCCCCGUCUCAGCGCCUGGGGUCGACGGUUUGAUUGCGGGCCUGACCGCGAGCCAUGCCCAAAAGCGCUUGGAGGCGAACACCAAUCAAGCACAACUUGUCCAAGACCCGCGCAGCUCUCUUGAGAAGGACCUCUUGCUGAUUGCGGCUCACAAGGGCAAUCACAUCCCGGAUGAUGAGCGGCCGAUAGUGCGCACCGAUAAGAGGUCCAACAAGGUCAACAUGAGUGCGUGGUUUCCAUUCAAGAGCAAGCUGGACCUGGUGGCUUCCCUCUUAAUUGGCCAUACACGCUCAAUGCUGUCAAGAUCGCUCUACAAACGUAUCAGUGCACUCUGGGAGGUGUGUGGACUCAAACUACUGCGAUGGGCUGCUGUCCGGGAGUCACGCAAGAGGAUUCGUGAUUUACUCGGGAACAAGGUUCAAUCAUAUGUUUCAGUUUUUGAUACUCCAUGCUACGCACUGAGUAGCCAGAAAAUCAUCAGCCAGGAAUUGGCCAAUCCACUAGUGGCCAGACAUAUGGAGUAUUAUCCAGAGUCAACAGAUGGAUUGAUAAUAACCAAGUUCUCCCAAUCUGGGAAGUGGCUGACUGGCAUGUCCCAAGAUCACAGGCCUCAAAUGUGCCGAUUCAAAGAUAAGGAUUUCUACAUAUUUGAGCCAGUGGAGCUGCAAUCAAAACAGCUGGUAAUCCCAAUUUUUUUCUUUACUCAAGCCGGGGUCUUACAUGCUAGGUGCUGGGAUGUUGCAAGGGAUGCGGUCAAAGAGAAGAUGAAGCAAUUGGAAGCAGAAAAGUCUACAAGCAUGUGUAGUCCUAUCUUAGGGCUGAAAGAUUUUGACGGGGUACACAACACUCCGGUCCUUGUGCAAAUCUGGGGUCGCUGUCAUACCAUCCUACGUGGUGUGAUCAAUCAGGGGACUUUCGAAUGGCCGGCAAAAUUACCUGACCAACGAUCCGCCGCCGGCCACAGCGUCAACAUGCAGUCGACAUUCACUAACGGCCUGCAGAUCGGCAACGAUGGGCAAGCAACACUUUGA